AUGGUUAAAUCGGCAAAUGAAAGAGCCGUGCCUUCCGUGGUUGUGGAUCAGGUAGAUAGCUCUUAUAAUGAAGAAGAUGACCCAGAUUACACAUCAAAUGGAGCAUCGGAAACUUUUGAUGAAGAGGAAGGUGAUACGGAAUUAGAGUCCGAAGUAAGUGACACAAACCCGGGAGAUCUUUCUUCUAUAUCCUCGGACUUUGAGAACAUGGAUAAGAAACCCAUCAAACAGUUCUAUCCGGUGCAGGAUUCCCAGUACCAAAGCACCGCAGACAUACUUUUGGAAACUCACAAACGUUUCAAGAACCUCAUACACAAACACGAGGUGCCGCGCAAAUUAUUUCACGUCUCCAUCGGAUUCAUUACACUCUAUUUAUACACUAUCAAUGUCCAGACUCCAAUGUUGAUCAAACCACUAGUGACGGGAUUUCUAUCAGUGCUAUCACUCGAUCUUUUGCGGUUUAGAUCACAAACAUUCAACCGACUAUACUGCAGUGCGGUCGGCUUUUUGAUGAGAGAUAAGGAAAUUAAUACUUACAAUGGCACCUUGUGGUAUCUACUUGGGUUGAGCCUAGUUUUCCAAACGCAAAAGAAGGAUAUCGCUGUCAUGGCGGUUCUGCUCCUAAGUUGGUCAGACACUGCUGCCUCUACGUUCGGUCGUCUAUACGGUCACUUGACACCUAAAAUCACCAAGUCUAAAUCCCUUGCCGGAUCAAUUGCAGCAUUCAUUACAGGUGUCGGAUCGUCGUACUUGUUCUACGGAUAUUUCGUGCCAGCAUACCCUGAGGUCAACUAUUACUCCGAGUUCGCAUGGGAGCCCUCAAAGAGCUAUCUGAGCCUACAUACCCUUUCAUUUUUGUGCGGAUUGGUUGCAUCGGUCAGCGAAGCUCUUACUAUAUUCAACUGGGACGACAACUUCACCAUUCCGGUGUUUUGCAGUGGUUUCCUAUGGGCGGUUCUCAAGUUUUCUGCUAGAGACUAA